AUGACGGCAUUCGAAUCAAAUUCCGACACGAUGGCGAAGCGCAAACUCAACGAGCACGACGUGCCAGAGGUGACAUCGAGCGAUGAGUCGCAAUCUGAGCCCCGCAGCUCCCCCGAGCCCGCGACAUCCACCACAACUGCGCCUUCGAUUGCAGUCGCUGCCACACCGAAGAAGAAGAAGAGCUCUAAGUCGAAACCUGCCGCUGAGCCAGUCCCUAUAGUCGCCUCAUUCGCCGAACUACAACUCGAGCCCCGUCUUCUGAGAGCGAUCCGCGACCUAAAAUGGGCAUCGCCAACGGCAGUACAAUCUCAAGGCAUACCGUUAAUACUAGAGGGACGUGACGUCCUCGCGCGCUCGGGGACAGGUACCGGAAAGACGGGAGCCUACUUGUUGCCCAUCCUUCACAAGACGCUGCAGCAGAAAGGCCAAUCGCUCAUCCUGGCGCCCACUAAGGAACUCUGCUCACAAAUCGCGACAGUCGCGAAAUCGCUCUCACAACACUGUGGGCAAUCGAUUCGGGUCCGCAACAUCGCUGGCAAGGAAUCGGAUGUCGUCAUCAAGGCAGCACUCGCGGACAAACCAGAGAUCGUCGUCGCAACACCAGCGAGGGCAUGGGCAAACAUCAACAGCUCUGCCAUGGCAGUCAGCGACAUCAAGACGCUUGUCGUAGACGAGGGUGACCUGAUCAACGGUUACGGGUUCGCAGACGACAUGGAGAACAUCGCCCGGGAGAUUCCUGUUGGUGUCCAGAAGAUCGUCCUUUCAGCCACCCUCUCAACUGAUGUUGAGUCACUCGGCAGCCUGCUCUGUACAGAUCCAGUUGUACUAAAGCUACAAGACCUGGAUAAAGACUCGCAGAAGGUCAAGCAAUACGUCCUAAAGGUGGCAGAGGACGACAAAUUUCUCUUGCUUUUCGCCAUGAUGAAACUCAAUCUGGUCCAUGGAAAGAGUAUCGUAUUCGUUGGCGACGUCGACCGAUCAUACCGCGUCAAACUCUUUCUCGAGCAAUUCGGCAUCAAGGCGAUCGUACUCAACUCCGAACUGCCGCUGGCGUCCCGAACACACAUUGUGGAGGAGUUCAACAAAGAUCUCUAUAAGAUCCUCAUUGCUUCAGACGAAACCGACGUCGUUGGCGUGCAAGAUGAGUCGCGACCAAAGAAGAAAGCGAAAAAGGACAAGGAGACCGACUCCGGCGUCUCUCGCGGCAUCGACUUCCUCAACGUCAGCUGUAUAAUCAACUUCGACUUCCCCGGGAACUACAAAUCAUACUUCCAUCGAAUUGGACGAACAGCACGAGCCGGCAAGUCUGGCACGGCCAUUUCGUUCAUCAUCCCGAAGGAGAAAUACCGCAAGCAUAAGCCGACUACAUUUGCUGGAUGCGAACAUGAUGAAGAGGUUCUGAAGAAGGUAGAGCAGCAUCAAGAAGAGGGCCAAAAGCUGGAGGAUUACCAAUUCGACAUGAAACGAUUAGAGCCAUUCCGAUACCGGUUCGCAGAUGCCCUGAAGUCGGUGACCAGGAUCGCCAUCCGCGAGGCACGUAUCAAGGAAAUCCACAUGGAGCUGGCAAAGUCGCAGAAGCUGUCGCGAUACUUCGAAGAAAACCCUGAAGCACUCGCGCAUCUCCGCCACGACCAGACUCUCAACCAUCCCGCGAGAAUACAACCCCACUUGCGACACAUCCCCGAUUACCUCCUACCAGGAGGGAAGAAGCCGCAGGAUGUUGGCUUUGUCGGCCUGAACAUACCAAGGGCGAAGAAACAAUAUACCAAGGGCAAGGGCAGGAAAGUGGUACGAAGGAAUGGCAAGGUCGACCCUUUGAAGACGUUCAAUGCGAGGGGCAAGGGGAGGAAGUGA